AUGGAAAACAAUCUGAUUAUUGUGCUGUUGAUCUUAUGUACUCUCCACUUUUCAGGGUUUGAAGCUAAUGCAUUGUCUUAUGAUUAUACAGCCAGCAUUGAGUGCUUGGAAAAUCCUGACAAACCUCUGUACGGUGGAGGAAUCGUCUUGAAUCCAGAGCUAAAUGUGGGCUUGGAAGGAUGGCAUGCAUUCGGAGGUGCAAAGAUGAAACAUAUUGAACUUGCUGGCAACAAAUUCGUUGCUACUCAUGGAAGGAAUCAGCCAAGUGAUAGUAUCUCACAGAAGCUUUAUUUGCAAAAUGAGAUGCUCUAUUCUUUCUCUGCUUGGAUACAGGUAAGUGAAGGAAAUGCUCCUGUAGCUGCCGUUUUCAAAACAGCAACAGGGUUCAAACAUGCUGGUGCAGUUGUUGCUGAAUCCAAGUGCUGGUCUAUGCUUAAGGGUGGCUUCACUUCAGAUGCCUCUGGCCCAGCCGAGCUUUACUUUGAGAGCAAGAAUACAUCAGUCGAAAUUUGGGUUGAUAGCAUUUCACUCCAACCAUUUACCCAAGAAGAGUGGACAUCCCACCAAGAUCAAGGUAUUAAAAAGGUUCGUAAAGCAAAUGUGAGAAUCCAAGUAGUUGAUAAACAAGGCAAUCCCCUGCCAAAUGCUACAAUUUCCAUCGUACAAAAGCAAUCAGGAUUUCCAGUUGGUUGUGCUAUAAACAAAAAUAUCCUGACAAACACCGCCUACCAAAAUUGGUUUACCUCAAGGUUCAGAUUCACGACAUUUGAAGAUGAAAUGAAGUGGUACAGCACUGAAGGGUCUCCUGGCCAUGAGGACUACUUAUCCGCUGAUGCCUUGCUUAGGUUUGCCAAGGAACAUAACAUUGCAGUUCGAGGUCACAAUGUUGUCUGGGAUGAUCCCAAGUACCAACCAGGCUGGCUUUACUCACUUUCUCCUACUGCUCUGUCUAAGGCUGUUGCUAAAAGGAUAAAUUCUAUUAUGUCAAGAUACAAGGGCCAGCUUAUUUCAUGGGAUGUUGUUAAUGAAAAUCUGCAUUUUUCAUUCUUUGAAAGAAAGUUGGGGAUGCAGGCUUCUGCAACCUUUUAUAAGCUGGCUCAGGCAACUGAUGGUACGGUCCCUUUAUUUUUGAAUGAUUACAAUACUAUAGAGGAUAGCAGAGAUGGGGCAUCCACACCAGCUAAGUACCUUCAAAAGCUGAGAGAAAUCCAAGCUUUCCCUGGCAACAGAAAUGUCAGGAUGGGAAUUGGGCUUGAGGCUCAUUUUAAUACUCCAAACCUUCCUUACAUGAGAGCUUCUAUUGAUACUCUUGCUGCCACUGGAUUGCCCAUUUGGCUAACAGAACUUGAUGUUCAAAACAGCCCCAAUCAGGCCAAAUAUUUGGAUCAGGUUCUGAAGGAAGCACAUUCUCACCCUAAAGUGGAUGGCAUUGUAAUGUGGGCAGCAUGGAAACCACAAGGUUGUUACAGAAUGUGUUUAACUGAUAACAAUUUCAAGAACUUGCCCACUGGGAAUGUUGUAGACAACCUGUUGCACCAAUGGAGUUCUAAGGCCCUGGCGGGAUCGACAGACUCUGACGGUUUCUUUGAAGAAUCCCUUUUUCAUGGAGAGUAUGAAGUCAAAAUCACACAUCCUUCUUCUUUGGCUCACAGCUUUGUGAUCGUUUCAACUAAUGCAUCCCAGCAAUCGCCAGUGAUUUUUCAAUUUUCUGUAUGA